AUGCGCAUCACCAAGGCCCAGUUCAAGGGAAUAGAUCAGUACAAGUACUCUUCCAUCGACAAGAGUGUCCUGUCCCGUACUGUUCUCGCGCCAUGGUGGAACUGGCUCGUCACCUGCUUCCCCAUGAACCUGGCCCCGAACGCGUCUGGCGCUUGUCGACCCGAUGCUGCCGGGAUGUACGUAGGGCAAGCUGACCCCCAGAUCACCCUUCUCGGUCUCUGCUUCGUGUUCGCCAACGUCCUCACCCUCCUCUGGUUCGACCCGACCUAUGAGGGCAAGGACCUGCCCACUUGGGUGUACUUUAGCUUUGCGUUCGGCCUCUUUGCCUACCAGAGUAUGGACGCGAUUGACGGCAAGCAGGCGCGCCGCCUGGGUAUGGGCUCUGCGCUCGGCGAGAUGUUCGACCACGGCUGUGAUGCGAUCAACACGUCUCUCGAGGUCGUGCUGGCCUGUCACGCUCUCGGCCUGAAUCGUUCCUGGUGGACUGUCGCGAGUGAGACGAUGACUCUUCUCAACUUCUACGCCUCGACCUGGGAGGAGUACCACACUGGUACGCUGUACCUGUCCGAGUUCUCGGGCCCGAUCGAGGGUAUCGUCAUCAUCGUGCUCAUCUACCUCGUCACGGCUAUCCACCCGCUGCACCAGCACUUCUGGCAGCAGCCCGUCGUCAGCCUGCUCCCGCACGCUGUCACGACUCUCACCGAGAACCUCGACAAGGCCCUGGGUCUCAGCGGCACGUACUCGUUCAGCCAGAUCCCGCUGAACAUUACGUUCAUGAUCUUUGGCGCGUUUGGCACCGGCGCCAACAUUCUGAACGCGUACUACAACGUGAUCGCGGCGCGUCUCAAGGAGAAGAAGUCGGCGCUGACGCCUCUGCUCGGCCUCCUGCCUUUUGGCGUGCACACGGCGAUCCUCGUCUUCUGGCUUCAAGCCGAGGUGCGCGGCGGCGUGUCGAUCGUGCACGACGGCCGUCUCCUCCCCUUCCUCGGGUACUGGGGCAUGGCGGCCGCGUACCAGGUCUCGCAGCUGAUCCUCGCGCACGUCACCAAGUCGCCCUUCCCGUUCUGGAACGGCAUGAUGGUCUACUCGCUCUUUGGCGCCAUUGACGCCAACGCGCAGUGGCUCUUUGGCCGCCAGCCCCUCGUGCAGAACUCGCCCACGGCCGCAAACGUCUUCAUCUGCAUGUCCUUCUUUGUCGCCCUCUUCAACUACUUCCGCUUUGCGCGCGAGAUCAUCUGGCAGAUCUGCGAGUACACGGGCAUCGCGUGCUUCACUGUCCGCAAGAAGGACGCGAACGGGCAGUGGGUCGAGGCCGGAGAGGAGAUCAAGAAGCUCCAGUAG